AUGGCGGUAUCUUCGAAGACCUCGAUUUGCGUUGUUCUCAACCUGAUUGUCCUUAUAAUGAGCUUGAGUUUUGCAUACAGUACAAACAUUUAUAAUGCAGGAGAUGACCAUGACUACUUUUCCUUUGAUGUACUGAAGGGAUUGAGCACUCCCCAGCUAAAUACUGGCCAGGAUAUCAAUGGUCCCCUCUCAGCUGAUGGAAAUUUUUCUCUGAUGGAAACUCCGAAUAAUACAAAUCUGGAUAUUGAUAUGGAGAUUGACAAUAUGGUUUUGGAAGAAAUAGUCCCAGAGGAUAUGACUGAUCAAGACUCUUCUCAGUCCCAAAAUGCCCCCGUUGAUCCAGAAACUCAAUAUAAGCAGAUAAAGAAACUUAUGCAGCAAAUUGAUAGUCAGCUGGAACAUCCAAAGGUCAGAGAAAUGAGAUUUCAAACAAUACUUCAGACAUUUCAAGCAAUAGCUGCUGGUAAUGAUGCAUGUAUCAACCUUUCAGAAGACACAGGGAAGCUCAAGGAGACUGAGAAAAUUUCAGGCAAUGCCAAUAAUAUUAUACAGCCUAGAUUUCAUACUACAGAAAAGAAAAAAGUAAGACCUAGAAAAGCUCCAUUGAGAAAACCAACUGAAGAAGAAAAGGAACGUUUGUUGAAUCAUCAAGACUUGCCACAGCCACCUUUAGAAGCACCUGUAAACACACCCUUACCAUCAGUUGCCCCAUACCCUCCUUUGAGAUUGGUGCACCCUGCCCCUUCCACCUCUACACAGCUACCUAGCACACCAGAACAACCAUUGUUUGAAGUGAAUGGUCAGAUGGGACUGCAGCCGUGGAUGAGAGUGCCACCAUCACUGAUGGGGAGAAGGAUCAAAGUCAAGACAAAGGAUGGGAAAACUCAAGUCUUGAUAUUCACAAAAGGAGUCGCGGAUACCGAUACAAAUAAUGAUGGUCACUAA